UUACUUCCCCACCAAAAGGAAAAAGAAAUGCCAUUACCGUCCCAUUUUCGGUUUAUCUCUGCUGUGAUGAGUGGAAGCAGAAUCAUGGAAUCCCAGAUUCCAUUCCUCGAGAGCAAAAAUGAAGCAGACCAUGGUGAUGUUGAUGACAAUGGCAGCCCAGGUGGAUGGAGAUCAGCAUCUUUCAUGCUAGUUGGAGGGUCUCUGGAGAGGUUUGUGUAUUUUGGAUUAGAAUCCAAUCUCAUAAGCUAUCUUACCGGGCCAAUUGGAGAAUCAUUGGCAACAGCUGCUGCAAAUGUCAAUACAUGGACCGGUGUAGCAUCACUUGUGCCAGUUUUAGGAGCAUACUUGGCUGAUUCUUUCGUUGGCCGCUACCGAUCAAUCAUAGUUUCUUCCAUUCUCUACACCUUGGGACUCGGUUUUUUGAGCCUGUCUGCGACACUUAUUAAUAGCCCAACGUACCACGACAUGACCAAGAAAUCAGGCCCGGAUACAGGAAUCAAAGUUUUCUUUUUUGUUUCACUUUAUUUGGUUGCUUUGGCUCAAGGAUACAAACCUUGCAUUCAAGCUUUUGGAGCUGAUCAAUUUGACGGAAGAUAUCCAGGACAGAGCAGAGCCAAGAGCUCAUUUUUCAAUUGGUGGCUCUGUUGCCUAUGCAUGGGUUCUACAACAUCACACUUGAUCUUGCACUACAUUCAAGACAACAUAAAUUGGACAAUUGGUUUUGGAAUUCCUUGUCUUGCUAUGAUUCUUGGGCUUAUUGCUUUUCUACUCGGAAGAGGAACUUACAUCUUUCCUGCUAAGAUAGGUAAUAAAGAAACUAACAGGUUACUCAAGGAUGCAUUGCCUGCAGCAGAUGAUUAUUCAAUAGAUAAUAGUGUAAUAUCCACCAAAGCAAAAGAGCCAAGGAACGUUCUCAGGGUGCUUCCUGUAUGGAUCACUUGUUUAACGUAUACGAUUGCCUAUGCUCAAUCCUCCACAUUGUUUCUCAAGCAAGCAACCACAUUGGACAAAUCAAUUGGUCCAAGUUUUGACAUUCCAGCUGCCACGCUCAAGACUUUCAUCCCCAUUACUAUAGUGUUGUGCAUUCCCAUCUAUGACCGAAUUUUCAUCCCAAUUGCAAGAAGGUUUACUGGAAAUCCCACCGGCAUAACAACGCUGCAAAGAAUAGGAGCAGGGAUGGCCAUUUCAGUCAUCAACAUGGUUGUUGCAGCUCUAGUAGAAAUGAGAAGACUCAAAACUGCUCAAGAUUGUGGUUUGGUAGAUAUUCCCAAUGCAACACUUCCUAUGAGCUUCUGGUGGUUGGUGCCUCAAUACAUAUUAUUUGGACUCACAGAUGUUUUCAAUCAAGUAGGAAUGCAAGAGUUUUUCUAUGAUCAGGUUCCUACUGAGUUAAGAAGCGUAGGCCUAUCAUUUUACUAUGGUGCCAUGGGCAUAGGGAAUUUCUUGAGCAGUUUUCUAGUCUCAAUCAUUGACAAAGCUACAAGUCAAGGGGAUAGAGAAAGUUGGUUCUUAGAUAACUUAAAUCAUGCACAUAUCGAUUACUUCUACUGGCUGCUUGCUGGAAUAGGUACUGUGGGUUUAAUCUUCUUUGUGUAUCUAUCAAAAUUAUACAAAUAUGUAGAGCAAAGAGAUGACCAGAACUGUUCUCAAGGACGUUUAGCUGAUAGAUCCAUUGGUGACUUGUAGGAGUUCAAAUUCAGAUUAUAUAUCAUGCAUCUAACGGUGAAAGUGCAUACGUUGUCGGUGUAUAGAAGAUUAAUCCUAUAAACUUGGCAGCAAUAUGGGGUGCAUUAAAGUUUGUAUGUACAGAAGUUUGUCUACAUGCAGAGGUUCAAUGGUGUAGUGAUCAGUCUUCAACAAAUACAUAUUUUAACCACAUCAAAAAGGUUGGCAUGAUUUGCAGCUAUGGAUGAGCUAUGGAGAUCAAGGAUUUUUUUGUAUUUGCAGCACCGGACAUUGCUCUGCUUAGGCAAUUGUGAAUACUCUUCCCAAAGCUACUUGAUAUAUAGCUGCCUCAUGGAAGAAUCUGAGAAGGAUGAAGGAGGAAAUGGAACCUAGCCACGUUUGGGGUUAUUUUAGAAUUGUAUAGCAACAUAAUGGAAUUUUGUGUGUAUUUUUGAGCUCUUGUAGGUCUCAAAUUUUACAGGCUCUAUUUAAUUAUUACCCAAAGAAUUCAUAGUUGGCCUAAAAA